AUGUCUGUCACCCAGCUACUCAAGAUACUAAAGACUCGAUUGGCUUAUGCACGAUUUAAAGUACAACAUGGUAUGAUUGAUAAAGAUCUGGAUCAAAUUCAACAUGCUGUUGAUCGACGGCUACGAGUGGAAGCUCAACUUAAAGCUGUGUCUUAUGAAUUACCACCAACACCGCCCCGAACACAGCAACGAUCCAUUACAACACGACAACAUCCACAACGACAAAGACAUGAAGAAGAGAUUGCAGCACAAAAUCUUAUGCUCAUGUCUUCUCCUCAACGGCGUUCAUACAAUAGACCUCUUUCUCCUGAUAAUAGCCCUGUACUACCUUCAUUUCAAGAUGUGGUUGCCCAGGUGCCAGGAUACGAUGAAAAAAGCUUUCUCUUAGCCGAGUCUUUAAGAUCUUCUACUGCUACACCACCUCCAGCUGCACCACCUUAUGCACCUGAUAUGAGAUCCCCUUAUUUCCCUCCACCUGGUUGGUCUGGUGUAUUACCCACUGUUACCCUGUCUCCCACAUCGUCACCUGUGUCACACUCCAAAGCAAGUCGGAAAUAA